UCGAAAUCCAAACAUGAAAUUCUUCAUUGUUUUCGCUUGCCUUUUGGCCGUUGCCUUCGCCAACGAAGAUGCCAACGUUAUCCGCAGUGAUGCUGAAGUUAAUGUAGACAGCUUCAAAUAUGCCUACGAAUUCGACAACAGCAUCAAGGCUCAACAAGAAGGCAAAUUGGCUGGUGAAGAUACCUGGAUCGUCAACGGUCAAUACUCGUACACCUCUCCCGAAGGUGAACAAGUCUCUUUGCAAUACACCGCCGAUGAAAAUGGUUUCCAUGUCGAUGCUGCCAAUCCUUUGUUGCCCACCCCACCACCAAUUCCAGACUACAUCCUCAAGGCUAUUGAAUACAUCAAAGCCCACCCCAACCCUGAAUUGCAAAAUUAAGUUAAUAGAUGGAUAAUUGUUAUUUU